UAAAACUAAAACUUUGGCUCAAAAUAUAACUACAAGUUAUACUUAAAAAUUGGAAGCUUCAUUUAUGACGUCAGCUUUUUCAAAAAUUCAACUUCAAACAUUGGUCCUUUGAGGCGGAUUUACACAUAACAAAUAUCGAGAUUCUCUGCUCUAAAACAAUGGAGAAGUUGGUUACUAAACAGCUCGACCUGAUCGAACGUAUUUCAUCAACGACUGAGACCAUGGGUGCGGCUGUGAUAACGACAGGAGAGGUUAAAGCUCGCUUGAAGCUCUUGGAAAGAAAUUGGAAUACGUUUUGCAAGACGCACGACCAACUCCUCGUUUUCUUAGCAACCGACGGGAAUAAUCCUUACUUUAAACAAAACUGCAUGAGUAUGUGUCAAGAGAAUUAUGUACGACAAAAGGCAGUACUAAUGGACCUUAUGGAGAAAAAGCUGGACAAAACUUCCUCAGGUAAGACGAAACCGUCUCCUGGAACUUCGUCGCGUCGGUCUUUACCUAAAGAAACGUUGCCUACCUGUUCGGGCAAUUACGCGCUGAUUGACGCGCAAUUGGAAUCCUUGAUGGCGCUCAAGCCGAUAAAGAAGGUAUCGUUGACAUCCCUGAAGCGGCUUCUUAAGGGCACCACGGAUGCAGUCAAGGAAUUGAAAGCCUUGAAGCGACCAGUCCAAUACUGGGAUGACUGGCUCGUAUUCAUAACAGUCGACAGACUGGAUCCUAAAACAAGAAAGGAAUGGGAAAUAUCCAUCGCAUCAACUUCAGGUGUUCCAACGUUCGCACAACUGACGACCUUUCUCACCUCACGACUGCGAACCCUGGAAGCUAAGAACGUAGUCUUGAAACAAAGGAGGACGCCCGUUAAGGCGCCGAGGAAGAACCACGCCAAUGUUUCCUUCACCGCCACAUCUUCAGGCGAUAUAUUCUUAAAUUGGUAAAUGGAAAGCUACUUUGUAGUAAAUGCAUGUUCACAGUUAACAAGUGGUAAGAAACCUACUGUUAACAAAGGCAAACUGGAUAUUUAUUACUAUCUAGCAAAAUACAACUACGAGUUUCAAGACUGGAAGCUUUUUCAAAAACUCAACUUCAAACAAUAGGUACACGCAUACAUAAGAGAAACAGAGAAAACAUAAAUAAUCUGCAUAAAAACAUAACACGUCAUGUUCUUUGCUCCUUAAAUGUUAAAAGCAUGUGGAUAUUUUGUAUUUAACGUGACGCGAAAAGAUACUGUGGAAACAAAACCAUGUAUCAUGUACCUGAUAUUGUCCUUUGGUUUGAAACUUUGUUCUCUUUUAUACAUUGUUACCAUUUAACCAAAUUAAUGUUUGUUAUUUCUACCUCAAUAAAAUAAAACUUUUAAUUCCAAAGA